AUGGUGACGCUGAACGGCCACGCAACGAUUAAAAGCAACAACAAAAAGUCGAUGCUGUUUGUUGUCCCCCGAUGGUUGCGGUGGUUGAAUUCAAGUCGGGAAGAAGAAGAAGAAGUAGUAACAACGGGAAGCGGGAUCACGUGCGGGGAGACCAACGAUUUGCUGAGUCAGAUUUCUGAUCAGAGCGGCUCGCCUAAGCUGCAGCAACCCCGGGCCAAUGCCAGCCCUUGCCAGCCCUUGCCAGCCAGCCAAGGGCCAGCAAGUCCCUGGCUCAAGGCUAAGGCUCUGGCUCAAGGCUUCGCAAAGGUAGCUCAGGGGCAGAUAGAUCAUGGGAGAUUGGAUUCCGCCAACCUUUCUUUCUCGCCCUUUCUCCCGCAGGAGCGAACCAUGGGAGCCAGCCAGCUGGAGCUUGGAGCAGACACAUCAAUGGCAGCCAAGAUGCACGAUCAUGUUACGGAGUGCAAGCACGGGUCUCGGCAGGUGGUUGGGAGAUUCCAGUCCAGUUUCUUCCAAGUGGCCCCUAUCGGAAGCUGCAGUUUGGGCGCCCAAUCACUGGUGCGACACUUAUGGGACCUGGCCUGA